AUGGCUACAGACGCCGAAAAGAAAAUCGCCGAGUUUCCCGAGGUGGAAUCUAAGCUACAAGCUCCCACCAAGAAAUCACUCUUCGAGCGCCAGAAAGCAGAAGCAGAAGCCAAACGAUUGCGCGAGGAAGCAGAAACCAAAGCCGUGUACGAGGACUUUGUAAAGUCGUUCGACGAUGAGGAUGAUGAGCCACCUCCGGGAGCUGGAUUUAACAAUGGAGGGCGCUUUGGGGGGAGAGGGGGAUUUGAAGAAGUAACCGGACCUCCCAAGAGACAUUAUGGACAAGGUGGAAUUGGUUUGAGUGCGCCGAGCGGACCUUCUGGUGGUAGAGGAACGGGAAGAACUGUCAAUAGCGGGCCUGGGAGUCUAGGGCCGCCGCCGAUGAAGAAGAGGGCAUUCGAUGGGGGAUUUGCGCAGAGCUCAUCGAGGAAAGGCCGAGAUGAUAGAGGGGUGUUGGCCUUUGAUGACUACGACUACGAGAGAGAGAGAAAGCCGGCGAAGGGUUUCAGCACGUCUGAUGACGAAGAUGAGAGACACGGGAAGCUUAGUCGAGAAGACGAAAGAGCGGUUGCAAAGCCGACUUUGAGACUUGCCUCUUUACCGCCUGGAACUUCUCCUGCAGUUAUCAAAGCUCUUUUACCUGCAAGCCUAACACUUGAUGCAAUUCGAAUCUUGCCGCCGAACGGACCGGGAGGAAAUUCAGAAAGGAGAUCAAUGUCAGCUAUUGUUACCCUUGCGAAGGAUACAACGGCAAACGAUAUUGAUUCAACAGUCAACACAUUACAAAACAGAUAUCUCGGGUUUGGCCAUUAUCUGUCAAUCCAUCGACAUCUUUCUUCUGCUGUCACAGCAACUGCAGCUAUCUCUUCGCUUGGCGCAAGCACAGCUUCUCAGCCUUUUGGAGCAAGGCCUGUUAUGGUAGCACCAACCGGACGAGGACAUGCACCACCCCCUACACACCAGCGAGGAUUCGCGCCUCCAUCUUCCUACGGGCCUGCUCAGCCGGCUCUUAACCGAAAUGGUCCACUUCUACAUGUUCCCGUCCAAGCACCUCAAGAUAUCAAAGAGCUCAAACUCAUACAUAAAGUCAUUGAAUGUUUACUUAGCCACGGACCAGAAUUUGAGGCACUCCUCAUGAGUAGACCGGAUGUUCAACGAGAAGAAAAAUGGGCAUGGCUUUGGGAUCCUCGAAGUACUGGGGGUGUAUGGUAUCGUUGGCGACUAUGGGAGGUACUUACUGGAUCAACCACUAAAAGAGGCCAAGGAAAAUACCUACCUCUUUUUGAAGGGUCUUCGGCUUGGAAAGCACCCGAUCAACCCUUGGCCUACGAAUAUACAACAUCUCUUGAGGAAUUCGUAUCCGAUUCAGAGUACAAUUCUUCCGACGACGACGAGUCCGGAGACGAGGGAACUAGAAGACAGCAUCACAAUGGCGGUGCACCUCCGGAUCCAAGUCUCUUGACCGAUGACGGAAAAGCAUAUCUCAAUCCCCUCGAAAAAGCAAAAUUAACACAUCUUCUUGCCCGACUUCCAACAAGCACUGGCAAGCUAAGAAAGGGAGAUGUCGCACGCAUCACCGCUUUCGCCAUAUCACACGCCGGGAAGGGGUCUGAUGAAGUGGUUUCCAUGAUCGUUUCUAAUAUCGAGAAACCAUUCUCCUGCACAUCUGCGAAUCCCGACCAUAAGAAAGAGAAGGAAACGAGCGACAACGAGGCUGAUGAUGAGGAGAAAUCAGAUACGAGUUCAGCUAGUCUGAUUGGUGUAUACCUCAUCUCCGAUAUCCUAUCCUCUUCCUCUACAAGUGGUGUACGACACGCGUGGCGAUAUCGGCAACUCUUUGAAUCUGCGCUCCGUCAACGACAAGUUUUCGAAACGCUCGGUAGGAUGGAGCGAAAGAUGAAUUGGGGUCGACUGAGAGCUGAGAAGUGGAAGAGGAGUGUGGGUAAUAUCUUGAGCCUAUGGGAGGGAUGGUGUGUUUUCCCGCAAGGAAGUCAGGAGCAUUUUGUGCAGGUUUUCAAUUCUCCGCCUCUUACGGCCAAGGAGAAGGAGGAAAACGAGCUCAAGAUGAAGGAAGAAGAGCAGAAAGCCGAGAAAGGGAAGAGUCGGUGGAAGGCUGUCGAGGUUGCGGCCAAAGAACCUUCUUCUCUUGAUUCGCAGCCAGAACCCGAGGAGGGUCUCGACGGCGAACCGAUGGAAGAGGAUGGUGAUGUUGAUGGCGAGCCCAUGGCUGAGGAUAAUGAAGAUGUGGAUGGUAUACCAAUGGAGGACGAGGAUAUUGAUGGGGAACCGAUGGAUGAGGAUGGGGCCGAGAGAGAUUAUAGUCCGCCUCCACCGGAAAUCCCAGAGAGUAAGGAGGGGGUUAAUGAUGCGGAUGCUACGCCGGCGGGACAGGCUAGGAGGAGACCCAGGGCUGUGGAUAUGUUUGCUGAUUCUGAUGAGGAUGACAAUUAG